AAAAAUUAUGAAGGCAUGGAAUUAUUGUAUAAAUUGUAUAAACAACAAAAAAAUUCACGUGACAUUUGGUCAAAAACAUUAUGGAUAAAUUUAAAUCCCCAACAAUUAAUGGAUGGAAUGGAUGGUUUUUUGAAAGAAUUUCGAAAAUUACCAAAAUCAGUUAGAGCACUCAAUGUUGGAUUAUCAUUGGAAGUGAUAAUGAAGGAUUUUAGAAAUUCUGUGCCACUAUUUGUUGAAUUAAAAAAUGAAGCAAUGAGAGAGAGACAUUGGCAAGAAUUAAUGGAUAAAACGGGAAAACAUUUUGAUAUGUCACCUGAUAGGUUCACUUUGGAAAAUAUGUUCGCUAUGGAUUUGGCGAAACAUCAAGAAAUUGCGAAAAUAAUUGUUAACAAUGCCAUUAGAGAAUUGGCCAUCGAGAGAGGAGUGAAGGAAAUUGCUGAAAUUUGGACCACUAUGGAAUUUACAGUUAUUAAACAUUACAAAGGAAAUGAAGAUAGAGGAUUUAUUCUUGCACCCAUUGACGAAUUGAAUCAAGUUUUAGAAGACAAUAUGAUGAAUCUACAAAGUAUGUCAGCAUCACAAUUUAUUGGUCCAUUUUUGGGGACCAUUCAAAAAUGGGAAAAAUCAAUGCAAACAAUUUUAGAUGUUAUUGAAGCAUGGAUUGAAUUGCAAAGAAAAUGGAUGUAUUUAGAGGGGAUUUUUGUCGGUGGCGAUAUUAGAAUUCAACUUCCAGAAGAGGCGAAAAAAUUUGACGAUAUUGAUAAGACUUUUAGAAAAAUAAUGCUCGAUACAUCUAAACGUUUAAAUGUUCUGGAAUGUUGCUCAAUUGUUGGUCGUAAAGAAGAAUUCGAAGCACUUAGUGCUGGUUUGGAGAAAUGUCAAAAAUCUCUAACUGAAUAUUUAAAUAGUAAACGUGCAAUUUUUCCGCGAUUUAAUUUUAUCAGUGAUGAUGAACUUUUGGGAAUUUUGGGCAGCACUGAACCAAAUGUUAUACAGGAGCAUAUUGGAAAAAUGUUUGACAAUUUGAGAAAAUUUCGUUUGGGUCCCGAUUUGGAGGGGAAAAUUAUUGCAAGCGCAUUAAUUUCGAAUGAAAAUGAAAUUAUGGAAUUUAGAAAUGCAAUAUUUGCUGAAGGAAAAAUCGAAGAGUGGAUGGUUCUUGCUCUAUUGGAAAUGAGAAAAUCCAAUAGAUAUUUAACAAAAAAAGCAGUUUACAGUUAUGGCAAGAGAAGACCAAGAACCGAGUGGAUGUUAGAAUUUCAAGGAAUGAUGAUACUCGCGGCAAAUCAAAUAUGGUGGACCGCUGAAGUUGAGAAUGUUUUUCAAAAAAUUUCCCAAGGAAAUAAACGUGCCAUGAAGGAGUAUUUGCAACAACUUAAUAGUCAAUUGGAUGAAGUUGUAACUCUAAUGGGAGGUGAUAAUCUCUCCAAUAACGAUCGUAAGAAACUUGAUACAAUUUUAACAGUUGAUGUUCACAUACGUGACAUUAUCGACGAAUUUGUUAGGGACAGUAUCAUGGAUCCUAUGGAAUUUGAAUGGGAGAGUCAAUUGAGAUUUUACUGGGUUCACGAUUUGGAUAAUGUUUGGAUGAAUCAAUGUACCGGAAGUUUCGAGUAUGGUUACGAAUAUAUGGGACUAAAUGGAAGACUUGUUAUUACACCCUUAACCGAUAGGAUUUAUUUGACAAUUACACAGGCUCUUUCCAUGCAAUUGGGAGGUGCACCUGCAGGCCCAGCCGGUACUGGUAAAACGGAAACAGUAAAAGAUUUGGCAAAGGCAUUGGGUCUUUUGUGUAUUGUCACCAAUUGUGGAGAAGGAAUGGAUUAUGUUGCAAUUGGUAAAACUUUAGGUGGAUUAGCUCAAUGUGGUGCUUGGGGUUGUUUUGAUGAAUUCAAUCGAAUUGACGUUUCCGUUUUAUCAGUGAUUUCCACGCAAUUGCAAACUAUCAGAUCUGCAUUGCAGAGUAAAGUUCAAACAUUCACGUUCGAGAAUCAGGACAUUGUACUCGAUUCAAAAGUUGGAAUAUUUAUAACAAUGAAUCCAGGAUAUGCGGGUCGUACAGAACUUCCGGAAUCAGUUAAGGCACUAUUUAGACCUGUCGUUUGUAUUGUUCCUGAUAUGGAAAUGAUUUGUCAGAUAAAAUUGUUUAGUGCUGGUUUUUUAACAGCUAAAGUUCUAGCUAAGAAAAUGACCGUUUUAUAUAAAUUAGCCAGUGAACAAUUAAGUAAACAAACGCAUUAUGAUUUUGGUUUGAGAGCACUUAAAUCGGUGCUCAAUAUGGCGGGUAAUUUGAAAAGAACAUCAGGAAAUUUACCUGAGAAUGUUGUAUUAAUGAGGGCUCUACGUGAUAUGAAUCUACCAAAAUUUAUAUUUGAUGACGUUCCACUUUUUCUUGGUCUAAUUAAAGAUUUAUUUCCCGGACUUGAUUGUCCACGUGUAAGAUAUCCUGAUUUUAACGAUGCUGUCGAGGAGGUUCUUGAGAAAAAUGGCUAUAUUAUUCUUUCUGAUCAGGUGGAUAAAGUUGUACAAAUGUAUGAAGUUAUGAUGACAAGACAUUCGACAAUGAUUGUCGGACCUACAGGUGGUGGAAAAUCAGUGGUCAUUGAAACUUUAUGUAAAGCACAAACCUAUUUGGAUAAACCCACAAAACUUUUUGUAAUGAAUCCAAAGGCGUGCACAGUGGCUGAACUCUACGGAGUUUUGGAUCCUUUGACACGUGAUUGGACUGAUGGUCUUUUGAGUAAGAUUUUUAGGGAAAUAAAUAGAGUUGCCGAAUUGGGAAAAGAUGAACGGAGAUAUAUUGUUUUUGAUGGUGACGUGGACGCAUUAUGGAUUGAAAAUAUGAAUUCAGUUAUGGAUGACAAUAAACUUUUAACUCUGGCCAAUCAGGAGAGAAUCAAAUUACAAGAUCAUUGUAGUCUUCUUUUUGAAGUAGGAGAUUUACAAUAUGCAUCGCCAGCCACUGUAUCGAGAGCAGGUAUGGUCUAUGUGGACCCAAAAAAUCUUGGCUAUCAACCCUAUAUGGACAAAUGGAUAAACACACGAUGUGAAUCUGAAAGAGAAUUUUUACAAAUUUUAUGUGAAAAAUAUGUUCACUCUGCAAUUAAAUUAAUUAUUGACGGGAUGCUCGGUUUACAACAAGUACAACCUCUAAAAAUGAUCCUACCACAAACAGCACUAAAUAUGGUGGUUCAAUUGUGUUACAUGUUCGAUGCACUGUUACCUGUUCAAUUUGAAAAUGAACCAGAAGAAUUAGAUUUAAGAAACGAACUUUUAGAAGCUGUUUUUAUACAGUCAUGUUAUUGUUCAUUGGGUGCUACUCUUGAGACAAAUUCAAGAAGGACUUUUGAUGAUUUUAUGAAAAAAGCAUCGGGUCUAAUGAUGAUUGAAGAUACUCCAGAUUUUUCAUUACCAGGAUAUUUGCCAAUUACUUUUCGCUCAUUAUACGACUAUCUUUUGGAUGUGAAAAAAAAAAUUUGGGUCCCUUGGAAGGUACUUGUUCCCAAAUAUAUUCACGAUAGAAAAAAACAUUUUAGUGAUAUUUUAGUGCCUACUGUCGAUACUUUACGAACAACUUGGUUUAUAAAUCUGAUGAAUGAACUUAAGAGACCUGUGCUCUUGGUUGGCGAAACCGGAACCUCAAAAACUGCCAUAAUUUUAGAAUUUCUGAGAAAUCUAAAUAAAGAUAAAUUCAAUCAACUACCGAUAAAUUUCUCAUCACGAACAACUUCUUUGGAUGUUCAAAGAAACAUUGAAUCGGCUGUGGAGAAACGAACAAAAGACAUUUUUGGACCACCAAUUGGAAAGAAAUUAAUUGUUUUUAUUGAUGAUAUGAAUAUGCCAUUGGUUGAUACCUAUGGUACUCAGCAGCCAAUAGCUCUCUUAAAAUUACUCUUUGAAAGAGGUGGUUUUUACGAUCGAGGAAAAGAUCUCAAUUGGAUGAAUAUAAAGGACAUUUGCUUUUUGUCAGCAAUGGGAAAAGCAGGUGGAGGACGAAAUUACGUCGAUCCACGAUUUAUCUCAAUGUUUUCAGUCUAUAAUGUCACUUUUCCAGCUGAUGAGACACUUAAUUAUAUUUAUACCAGCAUUUUAAGUGGACACUUGCAAAUAUUUUCCGAAGACAUUCAGCAAACAGCAACACCAAUUAUUCAAAUCACUUUAGAACUUUACAAAUUAAUCAUUGUUGAAUUACCACCAACGCCUUCGAAAUUUCACUAUAUUUUUAAUAUGAGAGAUUUAUCAAGAAUCACAGCUGGACUUGUUCAAAGUGAUCCACACUAUUUUCCCGGUGUACAAAAUUUUAUACGAUUAUGGCGAAAUGAAUUUGUGAGAGUGAUGUGUGAUCGACUUAUCAAUGCUGAAGAUUAUAAAUUAGUCCGAGAGCAUUUGGAGGGGAAAAUAAAAUCAAUUUGGAAAGAUGAACGACAUAUUAUAGAAUACGCUAUGCGCGAUCCUCUAUUAUUCGGUGACUUUAGAAACGCGUGCAACGAAGAUGAACCAAGAUUCUAUGAGGAUUUACUCGAUUAUGAAGCUGUUUACACUCUUUUUAUGGAAAUUUUAGAGGAAUACAAUGAAAAAGGUACCAAACUCAAUAUGGUUCUUUUUAACGAUGCUUUGGAACAUUUGACAAGAGUUCAUCGAACGGUACGUCAACAUCGUGGACAUGUUUUGGUUGUAGGAAUUGGUGGCAGUGGAAAACAAUCAGUAAUUCGAUUGGCAGCCUUUGCGGCAAAUUGUGAAAUUUUCGAAAUCACAUUAAAUCGUGGAUAUAAUGAAAAUUCAUUUCGUGAGGAUAUGAAACAACUUUACAAUAAAGUUGGUGUUGAAAAUAAGCCAACAGUUUUUCUUUUUACUGCCGCUCAUAUUGUUAAUGAGAGUUUUCUUGAAAUAGUCAACAAUAUGUUAAUGAUUGGCGUUGUUCCCGCUCUAUUUAGCGACGAUGAAAAAGAAUUAGUGAUCAAUUCUUGUCGAAAACAGGCAAAGGAUGCUGGUUACGGUGUUACCAAAGAAAACGUUUGGAAUUAUUUUGUGAAUACAAGUGUGUCAAAUUUGAAAAUUGCCCUGUCAAUGAGUCCGGCAGGUGAUAUUUUAAGAUCUCGUUGUAGAAGUUAUCCUGGUCUUGUUAAUAGUACUACGAUUGAUUGGAUGUUUCCCUGGCCUGAGCAGGCACUUUACGCUGUUGCCAAUGUGAUUUUAAUCGAUAAUCCAAAUAUUCCUGAACUACAUAGAGAAUCAAUUGUUCAACAUAUUGUUGACGUUCACAUUUCUGUGGGUCAUUACACUGAGGAUUUUCACACAAAACUUCGAAGGAGAAAUUACGUGACACCAAAACACUAUCUUGAUUUUAUUAAUACUUAUUUGAAUCUUUUGACAGAGAAGAAGGAAUUUAUCACAGGUCAAUGUGAACGACUAUCAGGAGGAUUAACAAAAAUUGCGGAAGCCUCCGACACAUUAGAGGAACUAAAUGCAAUUUUAGCCGUUCAAAGAAUUAAAGUCGACGAACAGACGAAAAAUUGUGAACAAUUAUUAAAAUCAAUUGGUGAAAGUACGAAUAUUGCUAAGGAAAAGCAGACAAUUAGUAUGGAAAAGCGUCAAGAGAUUGAAGUUCAAAAUAAAAUAAUUGUUAAAGAAUCAAAAGAGGCAAAAACAGCAUUGGCGGAAGCACAACCGGCUCUUGAAGCAGCUCGAUUAGCUCUCAGCGAUUUAGACAAAGCCGACAUUACGGAAAUUAGAUCAUUUGCAACACCACCGGAACCGGUACAAGUUGUAUGUGAAGCUAUUUCCAUAAUUCGAGGGGCAAAAGAAAUCUCAUGGAAAAUUGCAAAGGGAAUGAUGAGUGAUCCAAAUUAUUUGCGUACACUACAAGAGAUGAAUUGUGAUCUCAUUACUCUUAAACAACAACAAAUGGCCAAAGCACACUUAAAAAGAUCCAAUAAAAUGGAACAAAUGAAAAUCAUUAGUCAAGCUGGCUAUGGACUUUAUAAAUUUUUACUAGCCGUAUUAGAUUACUGUGCAGUUUAUCGAGAAGUGAAGCCUAAAAUGGACCGUGUCGCAACUCUUGAGGCAGAGGCAGAAAAAGCACGAAAAGCCCUCGACAAAGAAGAAAGAGAAUUAAAACGCAUUGAAAAACAAUUAUUGGAAUUAAAUGCAAAAUAUGAGAUUGCAAUGGAUGAGAGGCAAAAAUUACAAGACGAAACAGAUCUUCUUCAACGACGUUUAAUAGCAGCUGAUAAAUUAAUGAAUGGUCUUGCAUCUGAGAAUAUACGUUGGCAAAAUGAUUUAAAAAAUCUUCGCGAGGAACUUGAGAAAAUAAUUGGCAAUUGUUUAUUAUCAGCUGGAUUUUUAGCUUACAAUGGUCCAUUCUCAUAUGAAUAUAGAAACGAAAUGGUUUACAAUAAUUGGCAGAAUAAUAUAAUAAACAAAAAAAUACCAUUGACACAACCAUUUCGAUUGGAAACACAAUUGACUAAUGACGUUGAAAUUAGCGGAUGGAAUUCAGAAGGACUACCACCUGAUGAACUAUCGAUACAAAAUGGAAUUUUCACAACAAGAGCAUCAAGAUUUCCCUUGUGCAUUGAUCCACAGCAACAAGCACUCAAUUGGAUCAAGAAACGGGAGGAGAAAAAUAAUCUCAAGAUUGUUACUUUUAAUGAUUCAGAUUUUUUGAAACAAGUGGAAUUGGGAGUGACAUAUGGAUUUCCAAUUCUUUUUCAGGAUGUUGAUUUCAUUGAUCCAGUGAUGGAUAAUGUUUUAUCGAAAAAUAUCCAAAAUAUUUCUGGUCGAAUAUUCAUUAUAAUAGGUGACAAAGAAGUCGAUUAUGAUCCUCGAUUUCGAUUAUAUUUAACAACAAAAUUUUCAAAUCCUAAUUUUAAUCCUGCCGUUUAUGCCAAAGCAACCGUAGUCAAUUAUACUGUGACUUCAUUUGGUCUUGAAGAUCAACUUUUAUCAGUUGUUGUUAGAACUGAACGUCCAGAUAUAGAGGAACAGCGUGAAACUUUAGUUAUUGAGACAAGUGAAAAUAAAAGUCUUCUCAAAACACUUGAGGAUAGUUUACUUCGUGAAAUAGCGACAAACAAGGGAAAUAUGUUAGACAAUAUUGAAUUAAUUGAAACACUUGAAAAUACAAAAACAAGUGCAAAUGAAGUUAUUGAAAAAUUAAAAUUAGCCGAAAUAACAACAAUUGAUAUUAAUAAAUUACGUGAUCAAUAUCGAUCAGCAGCUAAAAGAGGAGCAAUUUUAUUUUUUGUUCUCGCCGAUAUGUCAACUGUUAAUUCAAUGUAUCAAUAUUCAUUAAUAAGUUAUCUUGAAGUAUUUAUAUAUUCAUUAAAGAAGUCAUUGAUUGAUUUAAAUUUGUCAAAAAGAUUGAAAAAUAUCAUUCAACAAUUGACAAAAAAUGUCUAUAACUAUGGUUGUACGGGAAUAUUUGAAAAGCAUAAAUUACUCUUUUCAUUUCAAAUUUGUACACGUAUUGAUCAGAAUGUUGAUUUAAUAAAACAAUCAGAAUUGGAAUUUUUUAUUAAAGGAAGUGUUACACUUGAAAAAACACAAAGAAUUAAUCCAACAAAAUGGCUACCGUCCAAUGGAUGGGAAGAUAUUUUGAAAUUGGCAAAUGAUUUUCCUCGACAAUUUUCGGAGCUUCCAAUUCAAUUGCAGGAUCAUGGGAUCGAGUGGAAAAAAUGGUACGAUUCGGAUACACCAGAAUCAGAGGAAUUACCUUGCGAUUAUUCAAUUAAACUAUCGAGUUUUGAAAAAUUAUUAUUGAUACGAUGCUUUCGAGUGGAUCGUGUUUAUCGAGCAGUGGUAAAUUAUAUUAGUGAACGAAUGGGUGAAGAAUAUAUAACGCCACCAAAUGUGAGCUUUGAUAUGAUUUUUGAACAAAGUACACCAAGUAUGCCAGUUGUUUUUAUUUUAAGUCCCGGUUCAGAUCCAACAUCAGAAUUAAUGAAACUUGCCGAAAGAUAUGGCUGCGGUGGGGGUAAAUUUCGAUAUCUUUCAUUGGGACAAGGACAAGAAAAGGCAUCUGUAGAAUUACUAGAAACAGCAGUGGCAAGGGGUCAAUGGCUAAUGUUGCAAAAUUGCAAUCUUUUAUUAAGUUUCACGAGGAAAUUAGAAAAAAUAAUUGAUUCAAUGGGAAAGCCACAUCCAGAUUUUCGUUUAUGGCUAACUACUGAACAAACGCCAGAAUUUCCAAUUGGAAUUUUACAACAAUCAUUAAAAGUCGUAACUGAACCUCCAAAUGGACUUAAAUUAAAUUUACGAAAUACAUAUUUUAAAAUGAGAGCACAAAUUUUAGAUUCAUGUUCACAUCCAGUUUAUAAAAAUUUGGUGUAUGUUCUCGCAUUUUAUCAUGCAGUGGUGCAAGAAAGAAGAAAAUACGAUAAAAUUGGAUGGAACAUUAAUUAUGAUUUCAAUGAAUCUGAUUUCAAUGUUUGUACAUUGAUUCUUGAUACUUAUUUAACGAAAGCAUUGACAAUCGAUUCAACAAGAAUUCCAUGGAAUAGUUUAAAAUAUUUAAUAGGAGAGGUAAUGUACGGAGGGCGAGUGAUUGAUAAUUUUGAUAGAAGAGUAUCAAAAAUCUACAUGGAUGAAUAUUUUGGCGAUUUUUUGUUUGAUACAUUUCAACCAUUUCAUUUUUAUCACAACAAUUAUGUUAAUUAUGUAAUACCACAGGAAGGAAAUCGUGAUUCGUAUAUUGAAUUUAUUGAAAAAUUACCACUUGUCAAUUCCCCUGAAGUUUUUGGACUUCAUCCAAAUGCGGAAAUUGGAUAUUAUACACAAGCAACUAAAGAAAUGUGGAUGAAUUUAAUAGAGCUACAACCGCAAACAGCUAUCAGCGUCACUGGAAUCAGUAGAGAUGAAUUUAUCAACAAUGUAGCACAAGAAGUAUUAGCAAAAAUUCCCGAACCCUAUGAUAUGAUAAAAGUAAAACGAAAUUUUGGUUUAGGUGUGACACCAACUGCAAUUGUUCUAUUUCAAGAAUUAGAAAGAUUUAACACUCUAAUUAAUAGAAUGACAUCAACAUUAAUUCAAUUAAGAAAGGCAAUUGCUGGAGAAAUAGGAAUGGAUGCUGUACUUGACGAUAUUUCAAAUUCUCUCUACAAUGGAACAUUACCUAAAGAAUGGGCUAAAUUAGCACCAGAUACGAAAAAAAAUCUAGCAGGCUGGAUGGAUCAUUUUGAAAAAAGAAUCGCUCAAUAUACCAAUUGGGCAGGUUCAAAUGAACCAAUUGUAAUUUGGCUCUCAGGUCUUCAUAUACCGGAAACUUAUUUGGCAGCAUUGGUACAAAUGGCAUGUCGACGUAACAAUUGGCCCCUAGAUCAUUCCCUUAUUUACACAUCAGUUUCGAGAUAUUUAAAAGCUGAUGAAGUCGAAGAGAAACCAGAACAAGGUUGCUACGUCCAAGGAUUAUAUUUGGAAGGUGCACGAUGGGAUAUAAAAAAGCAUUGUCUAAUGAAAUCUUAUCCUAAAAUUCUCGUCGAAGAAUUACCAAUACUCACAGUAAUUCCAAUAGAGGCACAUAGACUAAAACUUCAGAAUACAAUAAAAACACCAGUCUAUACAACAUCAAAUCGACGAAAUGCUAUGGGAAGGGGUUUAGUUUUUGAAGCAGAUCUUGGAACAACAGAACAUAUAUCGCAUUGGGUACUUCAAGGAGUUUGUCUAAUAAUGAAUACAGAUUGA